AGAAGAAUAUCCGAGGAGCACCUGAAUGCAUCAAUGUGUGUUUGAGUCGAGUCAGUGUUAGUUAGCUGCGAGGUGAUGGCAAACACAGCGAGCUAGUGGCUAACAGCUAAACUAAGUGGUCCGUUUCUUAGCGCUUAGUUACUCUAGAUUGCUUCACCUGUCCAGGUAAGAGAAGCAGCACCAGCAGUAGCGUUUCCUGGCGUUCAACUCUGUGGUGCUGCUAAUUGAGCUAACGUCAGCUAACCAGCUGCAGACUCUCCUAAAAAUGGCCACUGUUUCAAUCCCUGCUUGUACCAGCGCACUCUUGCUGGAUAUUGAAGGAACGACCACACCGAUCACAUUUGUAAAGGAUAUCUUAUUUCCAUAUAUAAGGGAGCAUCUUGAGGAUUACUUGUCCGCUCACUGGGAAGAAGAUGAGUGCAAACAAGAUGUUCAUCUCCUAAAGAAACAGAUUGAAGAAGACAUGAAACAGCAUCGUUCGUGCCCGGUCCACACCGUGGACCAGACGGUUCACACAGAUGAGGAGAAGGCCAUUAGGGAAGUAGUGGAUAAUGUGCUGUGGCAAAUGGCAGCAGACAGGAAGUCAACAGCACUCAAACAGCUCCAAGGACACAUGUGGAGAGCAGCUUAUGCUUCUGGGAGAAUCAAAGGCGAGAUCUACCAGGAUGUAAUUCCAUCGAUCAAACGAUGGAAAGGACAAGGACUAAAAGUUUACAUUUACUCCUCUGGAAGCGUGGAGGCACAGAAGCUUCUGUUUGGAUACUCUGUUGAAGGAGAUGUUUUAGAUUUAUUUGAUGGUCACUUUGACACCAGUAUAGGAGCUAAAGUAGACGGCAAAAGUUAUGAGAGAAUCGCAGAGAGGAUUGGCUGUCAACCUGAGGAAAUCACAUUCUUGACGGACGUCACUCGAGAGGCUAAAGCAGCCGAAGACGCCGGGGUGAACGUGGCGGUGGUGGUCAGGCCUGGAAACAUGGAGCUGACAGAUGACGAGAGGGCCCACUAUAACCUCAUUACAUCCUUUAGCCAACUUGAACUGAAGGGACGUGCUUAACACAGAGCGCGGAGGAAGAAGGGGAGAACUUCUGACUUCUUUUUCAUAAUAUGUUCCUUCUCUUCUUUGCCCCCACCCAACCACCACCACCAUCAUCCCCCACGCCCUUUUUUUUUGCAACUCUGGUGUUUUUUUGUUUGUUCCACUUCACAGUUUGACGAAGUGUAGGAGAUGCUGCUGGGACUGCGGUUAGCCACGAGCAGGGCUGCUGAAGUCCCAGCCUGUAGGAAUCUAUCCAGGUCUUUCAGGAUGCCUUUCACAUGUGUGGAAACAGAUCUACGGAGCGAAAUAGGAACUCAAACAUCACUCUCAUUUGAAUGACUGGGCAGAGAACGGAAACGCUGUAGCUAAAAGAAGCUACACGCCUGAAGCAAACUGCACAUGAGCUGUAAAGUUACCUUUUUACCUUUUCGAUGAACCGUAUUCGGUUGCCAGUUCUGAACGUCUCCGAUGUUGAUCAAAACUUUCCGACUGUAUGUAUGUAUGUAUGUAGUAUUUCUCACUGUUUUGUAGACGUUUUCCAUUCAUGUGCUGUUUUCUCCCUCUACACAUGCAGACGUGUGAAGUUUUAUCCAGUGAUCGAACUGUUAAUGUUUUAGAAAGUAGAACUGCAGUCUUUAGAUGCGCUCCUGCCGCUGACAGAAAGUUCUCAUUUUAAACUUUGUUCAAAUGUCUUAAACUAGUCCCCCUCGAAGGUGAACGGUGUCUAUUUAAAUGUGCCAUCCUCGUUGAACAUCUGUAAUGUUGGUGUUGGAAAGUUACCUUAAGAAUAUUGCCAAACUGAUGAUUUGUGUGUGAAAUAAUAAUUGGUAUAAUUCAGGAAUUGAUAUCUAAAAACUUCCUUCCAAUAAAUGCCUUGUCUCACACAGAA